GUUAAGGGGGGAGGGGGGAGUCCAGCCUGCGCUCCACUCCUGCCGGUGGCAGGCAGAAGCUUCUGAAUGGAUACAAAGCCUGGAGUUGUGUUUCAGUGGACUAGCUGGGGCCACAAAGGGAUGGGAGCAUUUCAAAGGAGGCACACAGGAAAUGUUUUUGAAGUGGUGCAGAUCCAAACGUUUAAUGUAGAGGCACCAUGCCAGACCGUGGAAGAUUUAACGAGUGGGGUUGUGAUGGCCCAGGUUCUUCAAAAAAUAGAUCCAGCUUACUUUGAUGAAAAUUGGCUGAACAGAAUCAAAACGGAAGUAGGAGAUAAUUGGAGACUAAAGGUAAGCAAUCUGAAGAAAAUUUUAAAAGGAAUACUGGAUUACAACCAUGAGAUUCUAGGGCAACAGAUAAAUGACUUCACUCUUCCUGAUGUUAACCUGAUUGGAGAGCAUGCUGAUGCUGCAGAGCUUGGGAGAAUGCUUCAGCUUAUUUUGGGAUGUGCUGUGAAUUGUGAACAGAAACAAGAGUACAUCCAGACCAUAAUGAUGAUGGAAGAAUCAGUUCAGCAUGUUGUCAUGACAGCCAUUCAGGAGUUGAUGAGUAAAGAGUCUCCAGUCUCUGUUGGAAAUGAUGCUUACGUUGACCUUGAUCGGCAGCUGAAGAAAACUACAGAAGAAUUAAAUGAAGCACUUGCGACAAAAGAAGAAAUUGCCCAGAGGUGUCAUGAGUUAGAUAUGCAGGUUGCAGCCCUCCAAGAGGAGAAGAGCAGCCUGCUUGCUGAGAACCAGAUUUUGAUGGAACGUUUAAAUCAAUCUGAUUCUAUUGAAGAUCCUAACAGUCCUGCAGGUCGUAGACACCUACAGCUGCAGACACAACUAGAGCAGCUCCAAGAGGAAACAUUCAGAUUAGAAGCUGCCAAAGAUGACUAUCGAAUACGCUGUGAGGAACUAGAAAAGGAAAUUGCAGAAUUGAGACAACAGACAGAAGAGCUUACUACACUGGCAGAGGAGGCUCAGUCUUUGAAGGAUGAGAUAGAUGUACUCAGGCAUUCUUCUGAUAAAGUAGCCAAGUUAGAAAGCCAGGUAGAGUCAUAUAAAAAGAAACUGGAGGACCUGGGUGAUUUGCGACGGCAAGUGAAGCUUCUGGAAGAGAAGAAUACGAUGUACAUGCAAAAUACUGUGAGCCUGGAGGAAGAACUGAGGAAGGCCAAUGCAGCACGCAGUCAGCUGGAAACAUACAAGAGACAGGCAGUUGAACUACAAAACAGGUUAUCUGAAGAAUCCAAGAAAGCUGAUAAAUUAGAUUAUGAAUGCAAACGACUGAAAGAAAAAGUAGACAGCCUCCAAAAAGAAAAAGAUAGAUUAAGAACAGAAAGGGAUUCUUUGAAAGAAACCAUUGAAGAGCUUAGAUGUGUACAAGCUCAGGAGGGUCAACUCACCACUACAGGAUUGAUGCCUCUGGGAAGACAAGAGCCUUCAGACAGUUUAGCAGCAGAAAUCAUUACUCCUGAAAUAAAAGAGAAACUCAUCCGCCUUCAGCAUGAGAACAAGAUGUUAAAAUUGAACCAAGAAGGUUCUGACAAUGAGAAGAUUGCCUUGCUGCAGAGCCUUCUUGAUGAUGCAAACUUACGGAAGAAUGAACUGGAGACAGAAAACAGAUUGGUAAAUCAGAGACUUCUGGAAGUACAGUCCCAGGUUGAAGAACUACAAAAAUCUUUGCAGGAUCAAGGUUCAAAAGCUGAAGAUGCUAUUUCAGUUCUUCUGAAAAAGAAACUUGAAGAACAUCUUGAGAAGCUCCAUGAAGCUAACAAUGAGCUACAGAAGAAACGAGCUAUUAUUGAAGAUUUGGAACCAAGAUGCAACAACAGUUCACUUAAAAUUGAGGAAUUACAAGAAGCUCUACGGAAAAAGGAGGAGGAAAUGAAGCAAAUGGAAGAACGAUACAAAAAGUAUUUGGAAAAGGCCAAAAGUGUAAUCCGCACAUUAGAUCCUAAACAGAACCAGGGUGCUGCUCCUGAGAUUCAGGCACUGAAAAAUCAGUUGCAGGAGCGGGACAGAAUGUUUCAUUCCCUGGAGAAAGAAUAUGAGAAAACAAAAAGUCAAAGAGAAAUGGAGGAGAAAUUUAUCGUUAGUGCCUGGUACAACAUGGGGAUGACUCUGCAUAAAAAAGCAGCAGAAGACAGACUGGCUAGUACAGGCUCAGGACAGUCCUUCCUGGCUAGACAAAGGCAAGCUACGAGCACAAGGAGAUCUUACCCUGGUCAUGUCCAGCCAGCAACAGCAAGUGAUGUGGUUGCAUGACCUGCAGCAUUAUUAUAACAGGGACUGUUCAGUGCAUGACUUGCUUUUCUGUCCAGACUGCAUAACCAAAACUUAACCAGUUCUACACUUAAGACUCAUGGCCAUCUGAUUUCAAAGGGGGAUCUACUUGCAGAGAAGCUUGCCAUCCUGGGGAGUGGCUUUCCCAUUUCCCACUUCCACUUACUCUUUCUCUUCACAAAAAGUCUCCUGUGAGGCUAGAAGAGAGGAAAUCCUGUAUUCACAACUCAACAGGAGGCGUUCUGCAAACUGACAGAGCACUGUCAGCUCUCCAUCUUACUUCCACCUGUCCACUUUAUUUAAUUCUGAUUAACAGUAUUAACACACAGACUUCCUGCAACAUUUUCAUAUACAGAACUAUAAAAAUCUAGUCUUAAUGAGUUCCCAAAAAAGGCCUUUUGGUUGGAAAUUUUGUUAAAAUUUCAAAGCACCUGCACCCUUAAAGGAUCCACUUUGAAUCUUUAAACAAAUAAAGUAAAGCGAAGGAGGUGUUUUACCAGGAGAAAUGACUAAUGAAUUGCUGCUUGGCGAUCCCAUCUUCCUUAGAAAACCAAGCAAGUUUCAUCUGAUAAUCUCCGAGCCAGGCAAACUACCGGGUGGUAUUUUGUUCACAGGCACUGCCUGCUUCCUUAAUAUGUAUAUACACAGUAGUUUGUGGCUGUUGUAUUUUUCUCUCUACAUUUGAGCUGUGUUGUUGGUUUCUUUCAGAAACUUUUUUUCCAAUCUGUGUACAAUUGUUAAAACAAUCUGAGGAAAGACCAUGAAUGGAGAUAAGUAUGAAAGUCGUCUACACUUUCAGUAUUAUGCAGACUGUCCUUGCCAGUUUAUGAUUUGGAUCGUUUAUGUACUGUUUUUUUCCUUUCUUUUUUUCUUUCUCCUGUCACAGUCUUAGCUAUUUUAAUUUCCAAUUGCACUAGCUUGGCUGUUUCUUUGUAUUUUGAAGUUUAGCUAUAAGAUUUGCCAUAUGUAGACAGUGUAACUCAAAAUGCUUUGUACUGCCUAUAUUAAUUUAAAAAGCUGCUUAUUUAAUAUUCCUAAAUAUCUGCACAUUUGUACUACUGUAUCUUUGUUUUGUAUUGGACAUCCAGUACUGGCAAGAUUCAGAAGACGAGGGAGUGCUGUAGUGUUGUAAGUUAAGGGGUUUAUAUUGUAUAAGAGUUAGUAUGUAACAAACAGGGAAAGGGCUUUCAAGCCAUAGGAUUUGCUGGAAAAACUGAAAAGUCUGAAUGCUGAGUACCUUAAGUGGUUUGAUUUCAGUGCAGUUUAGAGAAACCCCAUUCUUGCUCACCUGGAUCUUAAUCCUGGCAGAAAUACUCAUAUGAACUCUGCUGCUUCCGGGAAUAGUUUUGGUUAUUUGGGCAGUAGAAGAACCUCCGGCUCUGUUGGCACGGGGGCAGCCCCAGGCUGAAGAAGCGUUGUGUCCACUUGUCUGUGCAGUCUCUUCUGGUCACACACACAGUGCCUGUCCUGUCCCUGCCCGUCGGGUGGGCUCUGACAGAGCCAUGCCUCGUGCGCAGAGACGCCCGCUUGUGUCCAGUCCUCAGGGAUCCCAAUCCCACGGUGUCCGUGGCCUUGUGCAGAAUACAUGGAGAAAGGACAGACGUGUUCCCCACCAGAGAGGGGUGGCCUGCGCUGCCUGGCAAAGGGAUGAGCAGUAGCAAUGGGCUCCAGGCAGGCCCUGCAGCAGAGUGAAGGAUAAAACUAGGAUCCCAGUGAGAGCUGUGGUGUUUUCCCUUCUGGAUACUGUAUCAGGUACUGAGGCUACCAGGUGCUCUGGCUGACAGCUGUCCGUAAAGGCUUCAGAUGGGGAUAUAUGUCUUUCUUGGUCCACAAGGGCCAGGGACAGUGAAGUCUGACGUGACCUGCAGCCAGGAGUUUGGUGAUUAUGAGUCAAGUACUCGUGCAGCAGAGGCAGCAGCAUUUCAUCAGACUGAGUCCAGCAGAGAGCUGAAGGAUUUGUGUCUUUCCAGGCCCUAGCCAUUGAUCCCUUGUUAUGUGUCAGGGCAAGCGUUACUAGUAAAACUUCUUUUAGUUGGGUGUUAAAGGCAUGGUAUGUUUUUCAUUUGCAAGUGCUGCUUCGGCAGGGACCACACCCUGCCCCAAGCCAGGCUGGGUGCAGGUUCCCUGAAAUCAGGGCACUGUGCCAGGCAGGAGGGGAUUGCUUUUUUUGUGCACCUGCCUCCACAGCUGUCCCAAAGUGAUGCCGAGCAGUACCUCAUUUCUUCAAGUGGUCUGUGCAGAUUAGAGACUAAGUAUCAGUUGUUCUUGAGCCUUGAUGACAUUUGUAUGUAAGUGUGUUUAGCUUGACAAAAGUUGUUUGAGUUUACUAAUGCAACAGAGAGAUGCCAGGUGGAGCCAGUCAAGGAACUGGCUACUUUAAUUAGAUUAGCCUGGCGUCUCUGUCAUGAAGUGGUUGUGAGCUCUCAACUCAGAGCUGAUCUCCAGCAUGUCUCUGAUAUACUAACUUCAUUUGUGCUGCAUAGAAAACUCUCUUACCUUCUUAAUAGCAGCUUGUUUGACAGUCCUGAAUUAAAUGUUGAUCAAUUAUCAAAGUAAUAACUGUUUGUGAAGUUGCCAGUGAUAUAUUUUCUGUAAAAGAAUGAAUUCUUAGAGUGUCAAAACAUUAAUUUCCCAUUUCAGUUCAUCUACAAAUUGUGUAACUACCAGAUUGUUAUGGUAGCAAUAUUAAUAUACAUACCUGUAUAUAGACGAAAAAAACGUCAUUAAUGAUAAUUGGAAUCAAAAAGUUUAAUAUUUUUCCCAGUCAAAUACACUAAUGCUUCCAAGGCGAUAGAAGAGUGUACAGUUGUUAAACAAGUUGUA